ACAGGACGAUCAGAGGGGAGCAGUGCGGCGGCAUCAGAGGCGGGCGGGAGGCUGGUAGGAUAUGUUGCGUCUAAGCUGUCCAUUAAGGCUGAUCAGAGCCGGAGCACCGAUGCAGUGACAGUCUACAAGAAGACACGGGCACACACACUUACACACACAGUGAGGGACAGGGAAGGAGAGUAAACACACGAAUGCGCACGAGAAAUGAUCCGUUCCUAGACUAUGGCACCGUCGGGCUCGCGUAGUAUCAAGAAGGGCUGUCAGAGAGUUUUGUACUGGAUCCCGGUCCUAUUCAUCGCCCUCAUAGUGGCGUGGUCAUACUACGCCUAUGUGUUGCAGCUUUGCAUAGAGUCUAUCGAGGACACAGGAGAAAAGGUUAUAUACUUGCUUGUGUACCAUGUCAUCUUCAUCAUGUUUGUGUGGGCUUACUGGCAAACCAUCUUCACCAGGCCCAUGAACCCCCUGAAGGAGUUUCACCUGUCCUACUCUGACAAAGAGCUGCUGGAGCGUGAAGAUCGGGGGGAGUCUCAGCAGGAGAUCCUGAGGAGGAUAGCCAAGGAUCUGCCCAUCUACACCCGCACCAACUCAGGAGCAAUCCGUUUCUGUGACCGCUGCCAGCUGCUGAAGCCUGAUCGAUGUCACCAUUGUUCAGUCUGUGAUAAAUGCAUCCUGAAGAUGGAUCACCACUGCCCAUGGGUGAACAACUGUGUGGGAUUCUCCAACUACAAGUUUUUCAUGCUGUUCUUGGCAUAUUCGCUACUCUACUGCCUUUUUAUAACUGCUACAGAUCUUCAGUACUUCAUUAAGUUUUGGACGAACAGCCUCCCAGACACUCAGGCCAAGUUCCACAUCCUGUUCCUCUUCUUCUCGGCCUCCAUGUUCUCAGUCAGCCUGGCUUCGCUUUUCAUCUAUCACUGCUGGCUCGUCUGCAAGAACAGAUCCACCCUGGAGGCUGUGCGUUCUCCAGUGUUUCGCCACGGCAUCGAUAAGAACGGUUUCAGUCUGGGCUGCAGUAAGAACUUCCGCCAGGUCUUUGGGGAUGAACUUAAAUACUGGCCGAUUCCUGUUUUCUCCGGUUUAGGCGACGGUUGUUCGUUCCCAACCUGUCUGGUGAAUCUGGACCCAGAGCAGCCCUCAUCCCCCAGGGGCUCCAACCCUGCCAGCAAGGGUGCAGCAGAGGGGCGCCAGUUCCCCUCCAAGCCGCUGAGGGAGUCUCAGAGUCGACUGCUCACCAGCACCCCCUCCUGGACAGAGAGUGACAGUGCGACAGACAAAGACAGGAAGGGUGCCAGUAACCCAGGGAUGACCAUAGAAAAUGAGGCAUAACCUGAGUUAGAGAAAGAGGUGACACCUUCAACCCAGAAAAGUCUAUGCCGCCCCCUCCUCGGUGUUGUGCCUAUAGGAACGUGACGUGGCGGUGACAUCAUCAACAUUUGUUGUUUUCUACACUUCAGCCUGCUUCUGAGAGGUUUACAUGACUGACUAUCACCUACAAAGUAGAGACAAAUUAAUUAUCAUCAGAAUUACUCUUACUGCUAUCGGCAACAAUUUCUGCUGCUAUCUGAAACUAUUUGGGCUUCAGAACAACUUAAAAUAGCAUUCCAACCUUCACAUUUUCUUUUGUUUGUAUAUGAAUAAGAAGAGAGCAGUAAUGGGAGAGAUGUUUUUGCACUUUGUAAACGAGGAAAUCAAUCUGAGCUGCUUUUGUAUGUUACAGUUCAUGUUGCCUAACAGAAACUCUCAGAAUUAUCUACAAGUUUGUUUUAUGGUAUUUAUGUAGCUUAGCACAUAGGUAGACGCUGUUAUAAGUUUGCACUUGAAAUAUAAAGUAUUAGGUGUUAAUGUGAUGUGAUAUUCCUUUAGCCAUUUUGUUCCUUCAGUGAAGGCUUUUUUU